UACAUUAUAAAUACUGGCGAGUUUAAAAUCAAAUUUUAUCUUCGUUUAAGGACAUUUUGAUAUAUUGUAAUAACAUAUCUAUCGUCAUAUUUUGUGACCGCAUGAAGAAGUAACCGGAAUGCACUAUACAGUAGCUAGUGUUUAAAUUUUUUAAAAUGGACUGUGACUUGGUGAUUCUAUAAUUCGAUCUUCUUAUCACGAAUCUGCGUGAAAAACAUUGAAAGGAUUCUCAUAUUGAACAGAAAUGGGCUUUUUGGCUAAAGCUAUUUUUGUUGGACUGGCGGCAUAUGCGAUAUAUAUUUACACUAUUCCGACACCCUCUCAUAUUGUAAAGGAAGUUAACAGUACAUAUGACUACAUUAUCGUUGGAGCGGGAUCCGCAGGCGCCGUAUUAGCAGCUCGGUUGACGGAAGACGCCGAGGUCAGUGUUCUUCUUUUGGAAGCUGGCGGCGAAGAGACGGGAAAUCCACUGUUUUCGGUUCCAGUUGCCGCCGCCAGACUCUGGCAAACCGAGUGGGACUGGCAGUACUACACGGUUCCUCAGAAAGCUACGGGCCUCGCGAGUUGGAAACAACCAGGUAUGCAUUUCUGGCCCCGUGGGAAGGUUCUUGGAGGUUCGGGCAUGUUGAACAUGAUGAACUAUGUACGAGGAAGUAAGUACGACUAUGACGGCUGGGCGGAAGGUGGUUGUACGGGCUGGGGCUAUAAUGACGUGCUUCCGUACUUCUUAAAAUCGGAAGACAUGCUCGUUGAUGAACUAAAGGACUCAAAAUAUCACCGUACCAGAGGGCUGUUAGGUGUUACUCAAGAAUCGUACGUGCCAGUGACAAAAACGUUCGUUGAGGCGGGAAAGGAACUAGGGUUUGAGGAAGUGGAUUACAACGGGGAAUACCAAUUAGGAUUCAGUGCCUCACAGGUCACCGUGCGGGGCGGGGUAAGAGGGAGCACUGUCAGAGAAUUUCUACGACCUGCAAUGCCACGUGCUAAUUUACACGUAGCAACCCGAGCACAUGUAUCGAAAGUUACUUUUCAAGGUAAUACUGCUACGGGAGUUUCUUUUAUUCGAAAUGGAGUAAAGAAGAUUGUCAAAGCAAAACGGGAAGUGAUAUUGUCCGCGGGAUCGAUAGGAUCGCCCCAGAUAUUGAUGCUUUCUGGAAUAGGACCAAAAGAACAUCUUACAAGUUUAAAAAUAGAAGUCAAAGCUGACCUCCCGGUCGGAGAAAAUCUCCAAGACCAUAUGUACGGUAUAUUGCGAAGUAAUAUAAAUACAACAGACAGCAUAACAAAAGAAAAGGCUGAAUCUAUUUGGAGCGUUGCGCGUUAUACCCUCACUCAAACAGGAUACCUAGCAUCAACGUCCUUAACCGGAACUGCUUUCAUGAAAUCAAAGUACUGUAAGACUGAAUAUCCUGACAUCCAGAUACAUUUCUAUGCGCAACAGCCACCAGCUUACGAAAGUAAAUACGAUCAAAAUCUUGCAAAAGAUUUACUUUAUGAUGAUUGGAAGGAAGGAUUUCUUAUACUGCCAAUUAUCCUACAUCAAAAAAGCCGCGGCAGAAUAACACUAAAUAGCACAGAUCCUUUUGAUUACCCAAACAUUGAUCCAAAUUAUCUCGCUGAAAAGGAGGACAUGGACGUAUUUGUCGAGGCAAUGAAACUUGGUAUGCAGAUAAUUCAAACGCAUGCUUUUAGGAAAAUUGGAACGGACAGCAAUUUCAUGCGGAUUGAUACAUGUAAAGAACAUGAAUUUAUGACGUAUGAAUUUUAUGAAUGUUUGAUUCGUCAUUUUGCCGUCACUGUUUACCAUCCGACGUCUACGUGUAGAAUGGGUCCUGAAGGCGAUGCUAAUUCAGUUGUCGACCCUGAAUUAAAGGUCAAAGGUAUACAGGGAUUGCGAGUGGUAGAUGCUUCCAUAAUGCCGACAAUUGUGUCAGGAAAUACAAACGCACCAGUUAUAAUGAUAGCUGAGAAAGCAGCCGAUAUAAUACGCGGGAAAGACACUGUCAGUCAUCUAAGAGAAUACAUCAAAGACAAACAGACAAGAAAAGGCUAAAAUAAAUUUAAGCGGUGUUUUGCCUUGCAACAUCGCCUCCCAUGCAGAUUGUGUUUUUUUUUCAGCUUUCGAGACAGAACAGAAUGAAAAUGAGCUUGCGUCUUACAGUCUGUACCAAUUUUACCACGACAUAAUUGUACCAUGUUUUAAGCUUUAGAAUUUAAAUACUGCUGAAUAUGAACCCUGGUCUAGAUUUUGCAUCAAGGGGAUGCUUUGCAAAAACCAUGUCUGAUUUCAAUACAUAAAUAAACUAGAACUGCUUUUGAGAAAAGCGCAUGUUUCUAACAACUGCCUAAUCAUCUAGAUUGGCAUUUCUUCUCCAUUAUUUAUCCGAGUCAACCAUGCACCAAGACCUGCAUCACUGGCAUCAGUAUUUUCGGUAAUUCAAGGGCCAUAACUCCGAAGUGCCUAGUUAUCGAACUUGGCCGAGGACUUUAUCUCUCUGUUGACAAUUCUGGUUAUUUGUAGCGUUGUAUUUUACAAUAAAUGUAACUAUAUGAAGACAUCGACUGAAACAGCCUUUCCCUCAGAAAAUCUCCAAAAUAGAGAAUGGCAAUGGCAGCUAGAAAUAAACAACAGCAAAUUUCCGUUGAGAACAUAAAAUUCAGUCGCACGGAAAAACAAGACGAUUGUUGCAAAAAUACUUGAAAUUUGUCCUCUGAUCCCAUUCCAUUACCUCACACCAGCCUAAAGUCGAGGUCCAAAAUGAGUUGAGACAGACUUUAGUUAUGUUUUCUUUAUUUUCAAGAUGCAUAUUAAUCAGGGUUGCCACCAACAACGACAACUAAUAUUAUAAAAUACUUUGACUUUUUACUGACCAAGUCAUGAUAUUCACUGACCAAUACCACCUAAUUUUGUCUGCCUGUAGGUCUUCUUGGUAGAGCUAAUAGUUUAAAUUCAAACUGUUUCUUGGAUUCCCUCCAAACCUUACUGAUCCUUUUUAGGAUUAAGCCAAGUCAUAUUGUAGAAGUGCAAGUGCUAUUUACACUGUUCCUAAACUUUAUACUACAAACUACGCUUAUGCAAGUAUAUUUUCAAUAUACAUAAAAACCUAGUCAAGGAUAUAUAAAUAUUGUUAAACAUGGGAAGACCAAAACUGAGUUUUAAAAGGAAAUUGGACUAAUUGUAUCCACUUAAGUAACUUUAUCUGUUCAUCUUUCAAUAGUCUUUAUCUCAAAUAUUAAUGAAAAGCUAGUGUUAUAUCUAUUUCACUUGUUUUAUGGGGCACAGGAUAUUGUCUCACGAAUGGUCUAGUGUAAAGAAACUGUGUGUACAGACGCACGAAGGAUAUCUUAAAGCUUACUGUGAGCACUUUGUUCCCAGGUCAACUAGAAAUGCAGUUACAAUAUACAUGUAUAGAACAUUCUAUUAUUUUUAAUUUUGUGUGUGUGUUUGGUUGCAUACGACAGUGACACUGUCCUGUGCACCUAUAUACGAGUAACAAAGUGUAAGUUUCUUCUUAAGUCCUAAAAU